AUGGACCGGAAAAAUAUUUGCACGGGAAGAGAAAUUCCACGGUUCUGUCUCGAAAUGCAACCCGGACAUCUCCUAUCGAUGGCAAACUGUGGAAAUACCGAAUCAGAAGCGGAUGAGCGUUCGGUUGAAGACCUCGUCCAAGAGAAGACAACGCUUCCAUUCCCAAUCAUCUGGAUUGUAACUUUCGACGAUUACCGAACGGUGUUGCGAAUAUAUAAUGCGACCGGCGUAGUUUUCCAAGGUUUAGAGGGGUUGGUCGAACAUCCAGGUCCAUGUGGUAUGGAAAAACUCUAUGAUCACGCUGGCCACCGCCAUCGGGAGAAACUGGAACUCGUAAACGAUUAA